AUGCUUGCUACGUCUUGGCUGAUUUACCUCCUGCUAUGCCUGAAGUCUUGCAUAGCCUUGGAAGUUUUACUUGAGUUGCGGCUACCAUUAGAGCAACCACCAGAGCACCGUCACUUCUUAUUACUAUCUGGACAGGAACCAGUAGACACGUUGGAGGCUUUUCGAGUACGUCAUGGCCAGACAGUCAAAUGGAGACUUAAGAUGCUUGUGCAAAUUUGCCAGCAACCUCAAGUGGUUUGUCGUCGCGAAGUUCCAGUGAUUUACUCAAUGCAAAUUACGGCACCGAAUGGUAGCCUUUACGGAGAUUUAAAGAUACUUGAAGGGGUUGAGCCAGCGGACACAGUGCUACGUUUCACUUUAAAGCAUAGCAUUGGACGAGAGGAACGAAUGAUUAUACUAAAGGCAGUGUGUACCAAGCCUCGCGUUGUGUGCACCAGAUACAAAGCAAUGAUGCACCAAAAGACUGUCGCCGGAGAGGGGGGGGCUCCGAUUGGAAAACUUUAUAUUUACGACGACGAGGAACCAGUAGAUCAAGUUUAUAGGUUCGUUAGGGACCACAAGUUACCGGAAACUGCGAUAAAGCAAUUGCUUGAUGUUGUUUGCUCGGAAAUUGGUGACAUUCAAUGCAUGCGUAAAAUACCGUUCGUUUAUUCGCAAUUUGUCGACCUAAGCAACGUUGAUUCCAGCGAACCUGGUCGGGUUGAUAUCUUGCAAAUUCCAUUUGGACAGGAGCCGGUAGAUUUCGUUUACAAUUUUGGACUACGACAUAAACUGGCACGAUCACUUCGUGAAAAUUUACUGAGCCAGGUUUGUGACGAUCAUUAUGUGACUUGUAGACGUCUUCGACCGAUCGUAUUCAGUUCUCCCAUCGAAAUUGAUAAUGGAACCACUGUGGGAGUUUUAUCGAUUCAAGAGGAUGAAGAACUCGUCGACGCGGUGCACAGAUUCACUAGACAAACCAAUAUUGCACGUGGCUUACAAAAUUCACUGUUUCAAGCGCUAUGUGAAACUAGGGAAGAGAUUUUGUGUACUCGGGGUCAAGCUCUACUUUGGUCUACUCCAGUCAGUAAUAGUAGCGGAGAGAUACUCGGCUACGUCAAUAUUUUUGAAGGUCAAGAGCCUGCAGACGUUAUUUACCAGUUUGCUGAUCAACACAAUCUCGCACCCAGAGAUCGCGAUGUACUGCUAAACAAAUUGUGCAAUCCAUCACAAUCAACAUCCAAUAAAGAAGAAGGCGAUGAAUUUGAGAAGGAGCCACUAACCUGCUUACGCUAUGCACCAAUUGUGUUUCAGGUACCUGUUGCCUCUCAGAACGGAUCACAACUUGGAAUUCUAGAUGUACUUGCUAACGAAGAGCCUGCAGAUGCGGUCGCCAGGUUUGGAAACAAACAUAAUUUGGGACCGGAAGAAAAAACAAGCAUCGUAACAGGUGUAUGCCAGGUUAGUGGACUGGAAUGCACUCGAGAUGUUGGGAUUUUAUAUGAAGCUUUAUUUACAUUCUCGGAUGGUCGUCGAGAGCGGUUGCCAUUUUACGACGGCCAAGACUCUACUGACGUCAUUUACGAGUAUGGGCUGAUGCGUAACCUUACGCUACGUGAACGUCAAAAAUUCCUCAUUGACGUGUGCAAUGAACCUCGAAAACGACCGAAUUGCACCCGCGCUGAACCAAUGCUCUUGAAUAUACCUGUUUGGGAGUCUGCUACCACAAAGUUAGGAGAUGUGCAAAUUUUAGAGGGCCAAGAACCUGUUGACGUCGUCUACGCGUUUUUGGAAAAACACGAUCUAUUUCAGACAGCACCGCUAAAUACGACAUUGAUUGAAAUUGUCUGCAACAGUACACGAGUCAUCUGUAAGCGAAUGCAGCCAAGACGCACACUUUUUUCGGUUCAAGCGACGUAUGCCGGAUUGUCACAUACGUUGGAGUAUGUGCGUCCUGAGUCGGACUGGAUCUGCGAAGUGGAGCCCCUUGGCGGUCAACGCUGUGUACACUACGUAGAGAUCUUGGCAAAAAAGUUUUGCGAACGGCACAUGUACGACUGGGCUGCGUGUGAGGCUCGUAUACUCGAAGCAUUGCGACAGCAGCUAGAGUUUUACGAGGUCCGAAUGUGGAAAGGCAAAGACAUGUAUGCAAAGUUGGGAUUGGUCAAGACUGCAAGUCGCGAGCAGAUUGACGCAGCUUAUAACACAUUGGUGAAACGCUUUAAUAAUGAAACUGAACCUUACAAGUAUGAGAAGCUCAAGGAGGCAUAUCGAGUGCUAAGCGAUCCAGAGGAGAAGUACUUUUACGAUCUGCCGUGCGUCAAAUUGUUUGGGUGUUUGUGUGGAAAACGUCAGAAAGAUGGUGGAAUUACUUUUACACCAGACUAA